ACUCGUUUUCUGUCCUCUCUUGUACAUCAGACAAAGAUGAAUUAUCUUUUUCGAACAGCUCCCCGGAAAUUGAUUUUAAAGAUAGUAUGCUGUAUAUUGAGGACGAGGUUGGAUUAUCUCCAAGGAACCUAUCUCCUGUACUCCUGGAUAUAGGGAAGGGCCAUAAAUCUGAUGGAGAUGCGGAUGCUCCCCCUACACCCUCACAGGUAACCUAUAGAGUUCCAAUGCCUGUAGGACGACUAACCAAUGCUGGUUGGUUGGAUGGUAUUCUAGGAUGCUUGAAACCUAUGUGGAUGAUUAUAGGGAAGAAUAAACCGAAUGAGGUCGAAAAAGAUGGAUGCAUGAGCUUGAUGACUUGCAAGAUACGGACAUCUUCAACUUUGAAUUUGCCAGUUGAUAACUGGGAGAUUCCUUUCGAGAAUAUAUCAGACCUUGAAUGGUUGGGUUCAGGAGCCCAGGGAGCUGUCUUUGUCGGCAGAUACCAGGGGGAAACAAUUGCUGUGAAGAAAGUAAAAGAAGUUUUUGAAACAGACAUUCGGCAUCUUAGGAAACUAAAUCAUCCUAAUAUUGUACAAUUCAGGGGUGUGAGUACCCAGUCCCCUUGUUAUUGUAUAAUAAUGGAGUACUGCCCCUACGGGCCCCUCUUCAACAUCCUGCGUGAGGGGAGGGAGGUGGCCCCUAAGAAGCUAGUGGAUUGGACCAAGCAGUUGGCUACAGGGAUGAAUUAUCUUCAUCAAAACAAGAUUAUUCAUAGAGAUCUCAAGAGCCCUAAUAUUUUGAUUGCAAAGAACGAUGUGAUCAAGAUAAGUGAUUUUGGAACAUCUCGUCAAUGGUCAGAACAUAGUACAAAAAUGAGCUUCGCCGGCACAGUUGCCUGGAUGGCCCCAGAAGUUAUUAGAAAUGAGCCCUGCAACGAAAAGGUCGACAUUUGGUCCUUCGGUGUCUGUGUUUGGGAGCUAUUAACCUGUGAGAUACCUUACAAGAACGUGGACAGCUCUGCUAUUAUCUGGGGAGUUGGGAGCAACUCCUUACAGCUUCCCAUCCCUUCAACCUGUCCUGAUGGAUUUAAGCUACUCGUUAAACAGUGCUGGUCAGCAAAACCUAGGAAUAGACCCAGUUUCAGGCAUAUAUUGAUGCAUCUUGAUAUAGCAGCAGUCGAACUACUCAGCUUUAGACCUGAAGAUUACUUCAGAACUCAACAAACAUGGAAGGCAGAGGUCUGGGAGUACAAUGAGAAAAUGAGAUGUGAGGGAAGUAGUAUACCUAUAGCUGAUGAGGUUCUUGUCAAAAAAAGAAAAGAAGAAUUAAAGCAUGCCCAGGAUAUCCGGGAAUUAUAUGAGCGUAAGCUGGAGCGAGCUAAUAAUCUGUACCUGGAGAUGAGCAAAGUUAUUCUUCAGGUUGAACAGAGAGAGAGAGAAGUCUCAAGGCGAGAGUUGGAGCUUAAAUCUGGAGAGAAAUACUUACAGAGUCAAAAUAAGAAAAAACUACGGCCCUCGAUUAAUAAGUCGGGACGAAUACAGAAAAAAUGCAAUAAUUACCACUCAAGCAUCAGAAGUCAUGAUAUAUCGGCUGAUAUGCUUUCUACCUCACCCGACUCACCGAUACACGCGGGCGCAGCUGCCCCGCGUACUGUGGUAAGAGCCAAUCCGCUCUUCCAAAUGGAAGACGAUCUGUCAAGUUGCGGGUUUUCACUGGGCGCACCUAAACGUGGCGAAGUAUCUACCUUUCCUUCAGAGCAAGGUCGUCUUGAACUUGAGAAGGAGCAGUACCAUCCCACUGCAGAGAAGAUGAAAGUUAAAAAGACGCGGCAUAGAAGAAGCGGAAGCUACGGGUCGUCUUCCAUCUUCACACCUAGGGACAGUCCGAGCUGGGAGAGAAAAAGUCUGAAAGAUACAAUUGACGCUGGUGUACAACAGUUUACAACAUCAGAAACUCAAACUGAACUCUGUUUAAUCCCUUUCGGAUCCUCGGGACCCAUGGACACUGAUACUUCUCCUCUUACUCCUGGUCGUUCUUUAACCCUUGAUCUAACUCAUCGAACCUCAGGAUACUUCUCAAGAGAACCUUCUUUUGAGCGGAGAACUCCAAGAGCCUCCAGAGAGUCAACUCCGUUGAACUCUAGACUCCGUGACUCCUCUCCCCUCUCCACUCCACGACAGAGCUCCUUGACCAGCUUUAAUGGGAACCCUGGAUGCAGCUGUCCAGGGUGCCCUGGAAACCCUGAAACUGAGAACCUGGAGGAUCCUGAAGACUACCUGGAUACUCUGGAUCGUAAAGUUAGUGAGAUCAUGAACAAGGAUUGCAGUAGACGAUCUAGUUAUCAUGAUCUUGGAAAGAAAGGGGAGGAUAUGUAUAAUGGACCUUUGUCUCUUUCUUAUGGACGUAAACAAAGGUUACCUGACCUUAACCAUAACUCUGGGUUUGGGUCAACCUACCUGGGAGCAGCUCCGGAGGGGGUUAUAAGGUUCGAGGAUGAUGGGAAAGCCUCCAGCUCCGAAGGGUUGGACUCCAGUCAAGAAGAUCUGUCACAUGCUUGGUCUGAUGAAGAUAGUGAUCAAUAUGUACUCAGGAGAAGAAGCAUCGCUCGCCGGCCUAUCCGGGGUGUGAAGAGUCGAAGCUCUAUAAUCUCGAUGGUAUCUGUUAACUGUAGCAGUGAGGAAGGAGAAGCGUCUGAGUAUCCUAGCAGCAGCCAGCGAUCAACACUAGACAGUGUUCAGAGCAGCUCUUGCCGCUCACAAAUAGAAAAUUCACAGAGCAGGUUCCAGCGCUUACAAGAAAGCUCCUCCGACACGGUGCGCCCUGCAUCUUUGAGCUGUGGCAGUAGCUUAGAGCAGGCCAGGGGACCACGAGACAUUUUAGUGACAUCUCAUCUUGCACGGAUGUCUCUUGACGGUCAAUCUGACAGUGAUAAUGAGGUGACAGUAACAUCUGAAGUAUGAAAGAUUGAAUGAGGAUGUUAACCUUGUUAGAAUAGAUAUUAUUGAUCGAAAUUGAUCGAAAGUAUAAA